AUGAAACUCCUUCUCCUCCUCGCCGCCCUUUUCAGCCUCGCUGCUUGCUGCAAAAAGUUCGACACUUACGCAGGGCUAUACUGCAAAUUCGAUAAGGAAUCGACGCCGUGCUUCCAGCAAGGAGUUGACGCGGAAAAGAAGCGAUGCUGCGAUAAGGGUUGUAAUUUGUCCGAUUUUAACAAGGACCGUCUUUGCUGCUUCACCCAAGAAUGCCUGAAUCGCUGCUACCCGGGAAAAGGAUACAAAAUUGGAAAUGUUUAU